AUGCACAUCAAAAACCUCCUCUUCCUCACCAGCGCCCUGCUCACCAGCAGCCUGGCCCUAGCAAACACCCUCGACAGCGACGACGUUCCCAACCGCUGCUGGCAAGUAUGCGGUCCCGUGGUGGGCAUCUCGCACAAAUGCGACGCGAUGCAUGAUAAUGACUCCGCGGAGAGAAAGUGUGUCUGCGAGUGGCAACAGGCACCGACGCUGAUUCCGUUGUGUGAGGCUUGUAUCUCGCAGUAUCGGAAUGAGACAAAGCAUGAUGAUGACAAUGAUCGCGAUGAUGAUGACGACCGGGAUGACGACCAGGACGACGACAAUGACCGGGACAAUGACCGGGAUAAUGAUAACGAUAGAGGCAAGGAUCGGAAUGAUGACAAUGACAACGACUGUGGCCCUCGUACCCAGCCUUCGAUUAAGCGCUCUGCCCGUAAAUCCAAGCGUGACGACCCCCACGACAACGAUGCCAACGACAUCCUCCGCGCCUGCUCCUUUACCACCACCAGCUACAAUCCAAUGACGGCAACCACUGCCAUCAGCGCUGCUUCGACGCUGAUCCCAAGUUCUUCUGCGACUGCAACUGGCACUAGCUCUGCCUCUGGUUCUAGCUCUGGAUCGGAUUCCAGGUCUGCUUCUGGCAGUGGCUCGUCUGGGAGCGCUUCUGCUGACAAUGACACGAAUGCGGCAUCGGGCCAGAGUGUUCCCCGGGCUGCGAGUUUGGCGGCUAUUGUGGGAUUGAUUGGGUUGGUUUGGUUGUGA